AUGACCGCAAUCCACCAAUGGCAACAAAACGAUGUUUUGACUGUGAGGAAAGUAUGUGUGGAGAUUGUUCUACAGAACAUGUACUUCAUAAGUUCAGUCGUGACCACAAGCUGUUUCCUUGUCGACCAGUUUGACAACGACGAAUACGUGACAGAGCUGCGUGCCCGGCAAAACGUCCUGUGUGACCACAACAACAAAGACCCCGUAGAAAUCUACUGCCCUGUGUGUGAAAAGUUCAUCUGCGCCACGUGUAUGUUUUUAGAUCACCAGGGUCAUGAUUGCCUUAGAAUCAAUACUGCUGCCAACAAACGCAAGAAGAAACUAGAACUCCGCGUGAAGCCCAUCGAGAAGAAAAGUCUAUGGUACGAUAACUUUAAAACAGCUGCUGAAGACCAGAAAUUAUCAUUAGAAGCGGGAAGAAAGAAUGCAAAGAGACAAGUAAACAAGCUGUUGGAGCAAGUUAUUAAGUUGGCCCGACAACGUGCCUAUGAUCUUCUGGAAGAAAUAGAUGCCAUGUCAAAUGCCAAAUUAGACGUUUUAAAUGGAUUAAUUGCAACUACUACCGCCGAACAAAUCCAACUGAAAGACGUUGUAGACUUCUCGAGAAAACUCAUUCACCAUGGCAACGAUAUAUAUGUCCUCCAAAUGGCCUCCGCCUGUGAGGAAAGCAGUGAGAGCGUCCAGACUCUCGACAUCCCGACCCUGCCCGCAGCCAUGACCCAGCUACAGCUUAUCACCAAAGACGUGGAGGAGUGCGUUACCAGUAUCAACAGUUGCCUUGGAAACGUGGUUCCCGCCAUGAGUGGAAGACUGGUGACAACAUUUAAAGUAGAACUGACCGAGUCUCCCGACGAGUUGAUCAGUCACGUGUCCACUGAUGCAAACGGUGAUUUCCUUAUUGGUAUAUUUUGUAAUAAGGACAAGUCAAGGAAUAGAAUUCACAUCUACGAUUCAACAUUUAUCCUUCAGGGCACAAUUCCUAACCCCAGAGCAGCAGAAAAAGACGCCUUUGCUGGGAUUGCCAUUGAUGAUGACGGUAACAUUGUCACUAGAUGUGAGCUAUCAAAUGAAAUCAUUGUCUACACCAAGAAAGGAGACCACGUGAGAACAUUCUACAGUGAGUCACCUCAUGCAGUAGCGGUCAACAGCAAGGGUCAUUAUGUAGUGGCAGGCCUCAGUACUCUGACUGUGCAUCACAAGGAGGGCGAGUUCCUUCAGACCCAAACACCAGACCCAAAGAAUAAACAUAUCAAACACAUCCACUGUAACGUCAAUGAUUAUGUAAUCGUCAAAGGAGAUGAUCACAUCCGUGUAUACGAUUCCACUCUCCAGCCUGAAUACAUAUAUGCCUCACAACAGUAUCGUCUGCUUUUUCGAAUGAAAUUAUUUUCUUAA